CUGUCACCUGUCACUAAUAAUUUGGAAAAACAAAAAUUGAUUUUGAUUGGAAUGAGGGGGUGUAUAAAAACAGUGAAGUGAUGUAUUAAAUGUCAAUAAGUAAUCUAAUAACCUAUAUAAUACAGUUUUUCAUCCCUUUUCAUUAUAUAAUUAACAGCGAAAAUGGCUAUGUACAAAGGUUUUCGUGUAUACGAAAAAUCAAAACCGCCAAAUCCUCACAGUGUUCUUCUAGAACACAAAGGCAAAGAAAAUACAUUAUUAUUUGAAUCACAGGCAGUGGCAGUUCUUUCUGUGCAAGAAACUGAAGCAGUAAAAAAACAAUACACAAAAAUACUAGAUGCCUAUGGUUGCUUAGGUGUUCUUCAGCUAAAUGCAAGUGAUACUACAGUCCUUUACCUGGUUAUGGUAACAGGCUCUUUCUCUGUAGGGAAAAUCGGGGAUUCGGAAAUAUUCAGAAUAACCCAAACUCAGUUUGUACCAUUACAUUUUUCUCAAAAUGAAGAUCGCAUUGCAGAAGUGCGCAAGUUACUUAAUUCUGGAACAUUCUAUUUUUCAUGGUAUUCAGGAGCGCCAGGAGGCACUCCUUUAGAUUUAACUUUGUGUGCACAAAGGAGAAAUAUAACAUCAAUGACAGAUCACAGAUUCUUCUGGAAUCGUAUGUUACAUGUUCAUUUAGUGAGAUUUGGUGUAGAUUGCAGUAGUUGGCUAGUAAAAGCAAUGUGUGGUUCUGUGGAAAUGAGAACGGUUUAUGUGAGCCACAGGAAAGCAUUGGCUGCAGUUAUUUCAAGAUUAAGCUGUGAAAGAGCAGGAACAAGGUUUAAUGUAAGAGGGACAAAUGAUGAAGGGCAUGUAGCUAAUUUUGUAGAGACUGAACAAGUGAUAUUUUUGGAAAAUGAAGUUACCUCAUAUCUACAAACUAGGGGCUCUGUUCCUUUAUUUUGGGAGCAACCAGGGGUUCAAGUGGGAUCUCAUAAAGUAAGAAUAUCAAGAGGUUAUGAAGCCUCAAAAUCUGCUUUUAAUAGACACAUGGCGUUGAUAAAGGAGUGGUAUGGGAAACAAAUUAUAUUAAAUUUAUUAGGAACCAGUCUCAUAGGUAGUAAGGAAGGAGAAGCAAAUUUAAGUCAAGAAUUCCAGAAACAUCAUAAGGAGUCUAUGCAUUCUGAUGUACCACAUAUAGUUUUUGAUUAUCAUCAAGAAUGUCGGGGUGGAAAUCAAGCUAAUUUACAAAAACUUAAAAAUAAAUUAGAGCAACAACUUCAAGAUUUUUCUUUUUACCAUGCAAAUGGGACUAGUGUCUAUAGCUUACAAAAAGGUACAAUCCGUACCAACUGUCUAGAUUGUUUAGAUAGAACAAACUGUGUCCAAACUUUCCUUGGACUUGAGCUUCUGACCCAACAACUAAUAUGUAUGCAGUUAAUAGACAAAAAGCAAACCAUAUCUAGGUUUGAAGAGGUUUUUAAACAGAUGUGGAUAAAUAAUGGUAAUGAAAUUAGUAAAAUUUAUGCUGGUACUGGCGCUAUACAGGGUGGAUCAAAAUUAAUGGAUGGGGCAAGAUCUGCUGCUAGAACUAUUCAAAAUAAUUUAUUAGAUAAUUCUAAACAAGAGGCUAUUGAUAUUCUUUUAGUGGGAUCUACAUUGUCUUCAGAAUUGGCUGAUAGAGCUAGAAAUCUGUUACCUUACAACACACUUCAUGCUCCAAACCAUGUUCUUAGAGAAAUGUGUAAGCGAUUCUCAGAGUAUACAGAACCAAUCUCAGUUCGCAUAGCGGCAGGCACCUAUAAUGUUAAUGGUGGAAAGCAUUUUCGCAGCGUAGUUUUUAAAGACAUUCAACUUUCUGAUUGGCUCUUGGAUCCACAUAUCAAAUGCCAAGGCAAUCUGGUAGAUACGGGAUAUACAGAUGCCCGCAAGUCUAUCCCUGUUGACUUAUAUGCUAUAGGAUUUGAGGAAAUUGUAGACUUAAAUGCGGCUAAUAUUGUUAAUUCCAGUACUGAAAAUGCUAAAGCAUGGGCUGUGGAGUUGCAGAAAGUACUUUCUAGAGAUAGACCUUAUGUUUUGUUAACUUAUCAACAGUUGGUUGGAGUAUGUUUGUAUGUAUUUGUAAGGCCUGAACAUGUACCUUAUAUUCGAGAUGUAGCUGUAGAUUCGGUCAAAACUGGAUUGGGUGGACACACGGGAAAUAAAGGUGCUGCAGCCAUAAGAUUGGUAUUUCAUGCUACAUCUAUGGCGUUUGUUUGUGCUCAUUUUGCUGCUGGCCAAUCUCAAGUAAGUGAAAGAAACGCAGACUACAACGAAAUAACUAGAAAAAUAGCUUUCCCCAUGAGUCGUUCAUUAAACAGUCAUGAAUAUCUCUUUUGGUGCGGCGAUUUCAAUUACCGUGUUGACAUGGACAAAGACGAAAUUAAAGAAUUAGUAAAGCAAGGCGAUUUUCAAUCCAUACUUGCAAAUGAUCAGCUUAAAAAGCAACAGGAGGAAGGCAAUGUUUUUAAAAACUUUAUUGAGGGUCCGAUUAAUUUUGCUCCUACUUAUAAGUAUGAUUUGUUCAGUGAUGAUUACGAUACAAGCGAGAAGUGUAGAGCCCCAGCUUGGACCGAUCGGGUUCUUUUUAAAAGGAGAAAUUUAACUCCAGAUAUCAACGGAGUCUCACAUGAUAAUCCAGGAAAGCUGGUGUACUAUGGCAGGGCGGAGUUAAAGCAAAGUGAUCACAGGCCAGUAAUUGCAAUUGUGGAUUUAGAAGUAAGGAGUAUUAAUGAACAAAUGCGCCAAAAAGUUUUCUAUGAAAUAAUAGCAGAAAUGGGACCACCUGAUUCCACUCUUAUAGUACAUUGUGAAGAUGCCCCUGAAGGUGAUGACUUUGUCUUUGAUGACAACAUGGUUAUGACGCUUCUAGAAGAAUUUUCGCAAUUUGGAGAAACAAUUUUGGUUCGAUUUGUUGGCGAUACCUUGUGGAUUACUUUCAGAGAUGGGCAAGUGGUUCUGGAGGCUAUGAAGAAGACCUCUGGAAAGAUACAGAUCAAUGGCCUCGACUUGUCUCUUGCCCUGAAGACAACCAAUUGGGUGGAUCAAGCUAAAGAAGAAAUAAGAAUAUGUUCAAGCAACACUAUUCCUUUGUAUACAUCAUCAAAUCAGUCGGAUUAUAAUUGUUUGGGCAUUCCAGAGGUAAACAAGAUGCCUCGUACAGUACCCCCAAGUCGGCCUCCACCUCCAGCUGGAAAAUCAACGCCCUCAAGUCCCAGAACAGUUCUACCCAGAGCCAGAGUAAUUAGCAUGCCAAUUUCUUCAAUGUCAGCACCCCAAAUGUCUUCGCCCACGCACGUUACUUCUGCUCCACCCCCUCAAACUUCCCCACCUGUUCAAUCUCCUCUCACUGCAGGUUCCUCGCCCGUUCAAUCUCCACGCACUUCAGGUUCUCCGCCUAGUAUGCCCCCUCCAGAUUUGCCGCAAGAAGAGGGCGUAUACGAAGAAAUAAAUGACGAUGUAACAAGCUGUCCGGAGCCGGUAGGACCACCCCCUCCUCCUCCUAGGUCCGAAUCUAACUUACCUCCUACCCCAUCCAGGGGACCGCCUCCUGUUCCUGCUAGGUCCGCUCCUCCCCCACCGCUACCGGCAAGACCUCGCCAAUAAAUGGAUCUAGUCUUAAAGUAGAUUUAUGUUCAUUGUUUAAAAAAUUUGAAAAAAGCAUUUGUAAGAUAGCAGAGGUUUUUUUUAUUUGCAAAAUAUAAAUCACUUUAAUCAAAAUUAAGUGUCAGCUCAGUGUUCAGGUAUAAAUAAUCAGAUUGCUAUUAAUAAUUUAUCGUUCGCUAACCACAUUUGUGUUAAGAAUGCGACACUGGCCUAAAUCAAAAUUGCUCAAAUUAUAUUUCUUCUCAAACCAAUUACGCUGUUCCUAGACAUACAUAUUCAUUCAUUUAUUCAACAUUUGAUAUCGAAGCUUAUUUAUAAUAAGACAAAUAAUUCUACAUACAACCCACUUUAACCUAUUGAUAUCUUACACCAAUGCAAAUGUAAAUUCAAGGAUCCAUGGGAAAACUCUUGCCGUUUUUUUAAUACAAGAAUGUACCUCAAGACAGUAUUCUAGACCCUUUACUAUAUGUAUUGUACACAUAUCAACCGGCAGUAUAAGCACCAUUGCAGACAUGUCGAUGUCUCCAACUAAAGAGUUUUCUCAGCUAAUAUCCAAGAACACUCGAAAGUUUAAUUGCCAAGUGGUUACAAAAAUGGAAAAUAAAGGCCAACAAAUAAAAUCGACCACAUCACAGUGACUUUGAUGAGAGGCAAUUAUACCUAUCUGUUAACUGAAAUACUACAUUAUGUUGGUUUAGACAUAAAUCUGUGUUUUAGAUGUUGUCCAGUGCAAUUAGCUGUUUCAUCUCAAACUGAUUCAUCAUGAUGUUUAGCUCUUUCCACUAUUAAGCAUCAUUCCACAUCGAUUCAUCCACUGGAACUGGAAUGUAAAUUAAAAAAAAUAUAUAUCUGGGAUGUAGGUAGGGUAGUUUAAUUAAUUGAACAUUUCAUCGUUUUUGUUAACAAGGGAUUGUUCAAUUAUAAUUUAAGGCUCCUUCGACUUAGACCUCUUUGCCUAGCUAUUCAAAAUGUAAUAUGCUUCUCAAAUAUUCAAUUGCUAUAUUGUUUGAUCUUCUGUUGACUAAUUGGGAAUACAUAUGUAAGGUUUUGUGUAGAUUAACUAUCGCCAAUCAAGGUAUGGUUGGUACAAUACAUAUUUGACAAAGUAUUGACUGGAUAAAUUUUUCUGUUAAUUUUUUGAUUGUGUUGUAUCAAGCAUAGCUCAAUACUUUGCAUGCAUAUGAGAGUAAAGUAAAUAUAUUUAAAAUUAUGCAAUUUUAACACCAAAAGCAUAGUAAAUGUUUAACAUGAACAAUUAUUAGAGAGUAUUAUUAGAAAAUUAUAUGAUGUAUAUAAAAAGUAAUAAUUAUGAUACUUAAUUUGCUAGUUUCAAUAAGAAGUACAGGCAAUACUUAUUUUUUGAAUAGUUGAAAAUUCCGAUGAAUGGUUAUGAGUAUUUUCAGUUAAAAAUUAAUGAUUUAUUCUAGAUUCUAAAAACAUACCAAAGAAUUUAGAACUAUAAAAUUGAAGAAUGUUCCUUAUUUUAUCAUAUAAUAUAUUAUAAUAAAGAAAGCAUUUUUUUUAAAAGUUGUUUCAAAUAAUCCCGAAUAAUUUUAAAAAUGCCUGAAUUACCAACAACAAAAAAAUUCCUAAUUUAUUAGCAAAAAACAGCAUUUAAAUAAUUUUUAUAAUUAUUUUAACUUAAUAAAUGUUACUUCCUAUUUCACAAUUUUAUAUUACAUUUUUUUUUAUUAUUGUUAAUCAUUGAAUAACUAAAAGUUUCUUGUAAACCCAACCCGAUUUAAUUACACUCUUUAACACGUUAAGUAAAUAAUUUGGUUUUGAUGCAAAGUUUCGUGAUAUCAGCCUGGCUUAACGUCUAUGAACCUCCAAGGUACGUAUUACUUUGGUUGUUACCAAAAAAAUCUUUGUCUUUCUGCUGUGUGAGAAACAUCGUUUUGAAUUUAUUAUUGUGGCGCUUAAGGUGUUGAAGAAAUUUUACUUUGUAAUCUAAUUUGUAUAUAUUGUAAUGGUAGCUAGCAUUUAAAUAACAGAAAUUUCUUGCAAUGAUACUUAUAUACAUUAUUUUUUGCUUAAAAAAAUCAUUGUAAUGAAUUUUUGCAUAUAUAAAUAAAAAAAUAUAUCAUUCCAAACAUUCCUAUUAUUUUUACAAAAAAUGAAUACACUUUAUGUACAUUCAAAACCAGUAAUUUAUUUUAAAUAAUUGUAUAACAUCUAAACUACGGUAUAAUCAGUUUAAAAUGUUUUUAUAUCCAACUGGGUGUCCUACAUGUUUUGAGAAAUAUUUGGGAACUUUGAAAUCUUACUUUUUAUGAUCAAGCAUUGUUGUAUUUUGACAUGGUCCAUUUUACAUGAAAAAGGCUUUUUUUAUCCACACUAUGUUUCUGACAUUUUUCGAAUUUAUUUAGGGUAUUCGGUAUAUACCUAAGUACUGGCUGCAUGAAAAUUGUUUAAAAGAUAUUAAACCUGAGGUAUAAUCAUUUAAAGUAUUUUUCUAUUAUAGAAAUAAUGUUAAAAAAAUUGAAAUUUAGUGUGGAAAAAAAUGUAGAAAAUUGUGAAUGUUUGAGGUUCGAUACUGAUAAAUGCAAGUUUACUUUUCUCAAGAAGUUCUUAAUUUAUAUCAAAGUUUCAAAAAUGCUUUUAGGAAUGAAUAUUUUCCAUGUCCUUAUGUUUACUUCUAUCCACACGUGUUUCGCUAAUUGCGACAUUUUUAUAUGUAAUGCUGAACUUGCUAAAAUUGUUCUAAAAUGACCUCUGGUUUUGUGUUAGUAAUAUGAAAUAGGCUGUUUUGACGUAAUUGUUUAGUAGAAUAUUUAUCAAAUCUCUGGACAUGGAAAAAAUGUGAGGUUUAUUUGCUAUUUGUCUUUGAGUAAAGUAGGUAAUAUAAUUAACUAAAUAUAUUCUGAAGCUUUCUGUUUUAUUUCUGUUUAAUAUAUAAAAAGUAUCGUGAUUAAUAUACAAUUAAAAAAAAGUGUCUAUUUCAGUUACAGUGUAUAUUUUAUUCUGUUCUGUUGUAGAAUUGUUAAUUUAUGAAAGAUUUUAAAAUGAUUAAGCC